ACUUGAUCAUCCUGUCAUUGUCUCUCAAAUCAACCUUUCCGAACACGCUCACCGGGCUCAGCUGGAAGGACAGUAACACACAGGAGACGUGUGCGAUUCCUUGCAUUGGCUCAACAAUUGCUGCCUCUGACAACGUCGUGUUCCCUCAGCAUCUAUCCGUAUCAUAUUGUGCGUCCUGUCCAGUCGAACUCAACAACCUCAGAUCGGGAUCAUCCACCAGCCUUGAUCAGUAUGCCUAUUCUCGGUCUGACUGUCCCUGGACCAGCUCAUCCUCCUCACUUCUCCCUUGAACGUCUUAUCCGUCCCAACAUCCUCUCCUUGGAGCCAUAUCGCUGCGCUCGUGAUGACUACUCCGAAGGUGUACUUCUCGAUGCGAAUGAAAACGCGAUGGGAUCCGUCCUGCCUAAGAAGCUUGAUCCAGUCGCAGCUCAAACUUUAGAACACGUUCAAGGCGAUCUGAAUCGAUAUCCAUCACCGACGCAUGACGAUCUCAAACGCAAGAUUGCCAAGUUUCGUGGUGUGCCCGAUGAGCACUGGGUCUUCCUUGGCGUUGGGUCCGACGAGGUCAUCGAUCUCUUAUUUCGCGUGCUCUGUGUUCCCGGAAAAGACAAGGUCAUGACAACUCCACCGACAUAUGGCAUGUACGGAGUCACAGCGCAAGUCAACGAUGUGGGGGUGGUCCCAGUGCCAUUGACAGCAGAUUUCCAAUUGGACGAGGCCAAAAUGUCGGCCUCUCUCGCUGAAGUCAAGAUUCUGUUUGUUUGCUCACCUGGCAACCCAACAGGGACUGUGAUUCCUCUCGACGCCAUCAAGCGAGUACUGGACAACCCGACAUUCACCGGAGUUCUCGUUGUCGACGAGGCGUACAUUGAUUUUGCCCCGAGCGGGAGCAGUGCAGCUUCUCUCGUCAACGAAUACGCCAAUGUCUGCGUCACACAAACCUUGAGCAAGAGUUUCGGACUCGCUGCCAUCCGUCUCGGAUAUCUUCUGGCCCCACCGCCUUUGGUACAAAUCCUCACCAACGCCAAAGCCCCAUACAACAUUUCCUUGCCUACCGCUUCUUUAGCUCUCAGUGCGGUAUCUGACGAGGGACUGGCCGAAAUGCAGCGAGUCGCAGCGACACUCAACGACAAUCGAGACACCCUGAUCAGGGACUUGAGAACGAUCCCCCGAAUUGGUCGUGUUCUCGGAGGCAAUCACGCCAAUUUUAUCCUGGUUGAAGUCUUAAACAAGGCAGGAGAGCCUGAUGUACAGCUAGCGAUGGAGGUGUACAAGACUCUGGCGGAUAGCCGUGGGGUCGUCGUGCGCUUCAGAGGCAAGGAGCCUGGAUGUAAGGGGUGUCUGAGAAUCACAGUGGGAACCGAGAAGGAGUGCAAGCUGGUGACAGAGCGAUUGAGAGAAUUGCUGCAAUGAACGCGGUCCAUAGAUGAUAGACAGAGCAUCUCAAAUGUACAUACUCAGCGACACG